CUUCUAAUAAGCAAGUGAGAACCAGGAAUUAAUUAAAUCACUUUGACUCCUCACUCGAUCGCAACAUUGAAAAAAUGAUCGAUCAAGUCGGAUCAAAUCCAAUAACCUCGCCCCCUUCCUCAAACCAUCAUGACUCUCCACCUUUAUCUCUAUCACCAGACCACCCAAUAUCCGCCGCCACAACCACUAAACCAAAAAAGGGACAUGAGAUCACAUUUGCCAUCUCCCCGUUCAAUCGUUCACCUGACAGACUGAUGACCAGCAUACCCCCUAGUGGAGCCAGGACACCCAAUAGUACUAAUAUCAAGUCAAGAAAUUUGACACCAAAGUUUUUGACACCUUUGGCUAGUUUUUCUAGAAUUGCAUUUCAUCUCACCAAGUUGGACCCAACAGAUGCAUGGCUGCCCAUUACUGAAUCAAGAAAUGGAAAUGCUUACUAUGCAGCGUUUCAUUCACUUUGUGCGGGGAUUGGGAUUCAAGCUCUUAUCCUUCCUGUUGCUUUCACUAUUCUUGGCUGGGCAUGGGGAGUCAUAGCGUUGACUUUAACAUUCAUAUGGCAACUUUACACUUUGUAUUUGCUCGUAAAUCUUCAUGAAUCACCUGAAGACGGUGUCCGUUACAGUAGGUACAUGCAACUGGCAAAGGCGGCCUUUGGUGUAAGGUUAGGAAGGAUCCUAGCAAAAUUUCCAAUCCUUUACUUGUCAAUAGGUUCAUGUGUUGCUUCUAUCAUCAUUGGAGCAUCAACAUCAAAAAUAUUCUUCCAAAUCGUGUGUGCGGUCGACAAAUGCAAUCCAGAGAAGCUGACCGUAGUAGAAUGGUACUUGGUGUUCACAUGUGGUGUGAUAAUCCUCUCGCAACUCCCCAAUCUGAACUCGAUAGCAGGUGUCUCGCUAGUUGGGGCCAUCAGCGCCAUCGGAUACUGUUUUACAAUUUGGGUGGUAUCGGUUGCUAAAGACAGAAUUCCAAAUGUUUCAUACAAUCCUGCUAGGGUUGGAAGCAAUGUCACUAGGUUUUUCGAUGUCCUAAAUGCCCUUGGUAUCAUUGCUUUUGCAUUUAGAGGACACAAUCUUGUAUUGGAGAUUCAGGCAACGAUGCCAACAAGUAAAGUUCAUCCAUCACAAGUACCAAUGUGGAACGGUAUCAAAGUUUCUUACGCACUUGUAGCAAUGUGUUUGUUCCCACUUGCAAUCGGAGGCUACUGGGCUUAUGGUCACUUGAUUCCGCCAAGUGGGAUGUUGACUGCAUUAUUCGUUUUCCACUCACAAGACGUGGCAAAAUCAGUCCUUGCCUUAGCAAGCUUACUUGUUAUCCUCAACGCUCUAAGCACAUUUCAAAUCUAUGGAAUGCCAACAUUCGACGAGAUGGAGUCUGUAUAUGUCAGAAAGUUCAAAAAGCCUUGCGCGUGGUGGCAAAGGAUGGUCUUAAGAACAUUGUUCGGAUUCACUUGUUUUUUUAUAGCCGUAGCAGUCCCAUUUAUAUCCAAUCUAGCCGGCUUGGUCGGUGGCGUUGCUUUGCCUGUGACACUAGCAUAUCCUUGCUUUAUGUGGCUAAGGAUCAAGAAACCAAAGGUCUAUAGCCCAAGUUGGUGGCUAAAUUGGGGACUCGGAAUUCUUGGAAUGAUAUUAAGUGGGCUCCUGAUUUCAGCUGGGACUUAUGUAGUUAUUCAUGAUGGUGUCAAGUUUAAUUUCUUCAAGCCCGUGUGAUGGGGCAUCAUAGUUUACAAGGCCCAAAUUUUAAUUUCUAUUAAGCCAAUUUGUAUGUUAUUUGUGUGUGGUUGUAAUAGUGUAACACCAAAUUUUUUGAACUUCUUUUAUAAUAUUGUUUGUUUAGUUUUAUAAAA